UAACGUAUAUGGAUUACUAAAACAUGCACUUCCUUUUCAGAGUUGAUUAACAUUGAUCACUCUUUUCUCUCUACUUUAUUUUCUUGCUAAGGGUUCUUAAGAAAAUGUUACGCAAGUUAGAGCAUCAUUAUGCAAAAUGAUAGAGGGUGUUGGCAGUAGUGUAGGUCCAUCAAUAAUUUCUUUAACGCGUCAAGAAAGCUGACAACAUGCAGAGCAUCAAGAGGACACUUCAGAGCAACACCCUCUCUAUCAUACUUUGUAUUAAACUAAUUUCUUUAACGCGUCCUUCAACAGUAGGAACUUUCCUUGUAGGUCCAUCCCAUGCAAGGCCUUAUAAAAUGUUGGUCCCGCCUUGUCUUCUGUACGCAUUCAAAGCAAACAUAUCCUUCCUUCUAUACCUUAGUGAUUCCUCAAGAGCCCUUUUUACCAUUCCUUCACCAACCAUCAACAAAUGGCUGAAGGCAUUCUUUUCGACAUUGCUGCACGAAUCAUUGAGAGCUUGGGAUCCCAGGCUCUCAGAGAGAUCGGACUGCUUUGGGGUGCCAGAGAUGAACUUGACAAGCUCAAGGAUACUGUUUCGACAAUAAAAAAUGUGCUUCUUGAUGCUGAGGAGCAACGGGCAGUGAACAACAAUCAAGUUAUUGAAUGGCUUGAAAGGCUUAAGUAUGUCGUUUAUGAUGCAGAGGACUUGCUGGACGGUUUCUCCACUGAAUGUCUGUUGCGAGAGAUGAUGACUCGGGAUAAGAUGGCAAAAAAGGUACGAAUCUUUUUCUCCAAAUCAAACCCGCUUGUUUAUGAUCUGAAAAUGGGCCGUGAGAUUAAAGCGAUUAGACAGAAGUUGGAUGCCAUCGCAAAUAAUAGGAAAUUCCACUUGGAGGAACGCCCUGUGGAGAAGGGAGACAGGGCUAGGAAGAGGGAUGAUACUCAUUCCUAUGUACCUGAGGCAAAAGUUACUGGUAGAGAAGACGACAAGAAGGAGAUCAUAAAAAGACUUCUUUCUGAUUCCGACAUUAAAGAGAAUGUAGGAAUCCUUCCGAUUACUGGCAUCGGAGGAUUAGGAAAGACCACACUAGCUCAAUUCAUCUUUAAUGACGAGGAAAUAGAUAAACAUUUUCAACUAAAAAUGUGGGCUUGUGUCUCUGAGAGUUUUGAUGUUCAAGAAGUUGUUGAAAAAAUCCUAGAAUCGACAACAAAAAAGAAACCAGAGAUUGUGGGAUUGGAUACAUUGGUGCAUAAUCUUCAAAAUGAAAUUGGUGGAAAGAAAUACUUACUUGUGUUGGAUGAUGUUUGGAAUGAGGACGUUAAAAAAUGGGAUGAUUUGAAAGUACUGUUGGAGGUUGGUGCAAGUGGCAGUAGAAUAUUAAUAACUACACGAAGUAAAAAAGUUGCACAAAUUACCCAAACAAUUGCAGAAUAUUCCUUACAGUGUUUAGACGAACGGGAGUCAUGGUGUUUAUUCAAGCAAGUGGCAUUUGAUAACGGAGAAGAGCCAGUGAAUUCUAGAAAAGUGGAAGUUGGAAAGGAGAUUGUAGAAAAGUGUUCGGGUGUCCCUCUUGUCAUCAAAACAAUUGGAAGGUUACUGUCCUUGGAAAAUUCUGAAGCAGGGUGGGUUUCUUUCGGAAAAGACAAAAUGCCAGAAAUAAAAGAAAAUGACAUCUUACCCACUCUUAAGCUGAGUUAUGAUCAACUUCCAUCACAUUUGAAACAAUGUUUUGCUUAUUGUAGUAUAUUUCCAAAGGAUUACGUGAUGGAAAAAUCAAAAUUGAUAAAUCUCUGGAUAGCACAGGGGUUUAUCAAGCUAUCCAAUCAAAUUGAAUGUCUUGAAGAUGUUGGUGAUAAGUAUUUCAUGCAUUUACUUUGGAGAUCGUUCUUUCAAGAAGCUAAAAUGGAUGAUUUGGGAAACGUGAUUAAGAGUAAAAUGCAUGACCUUAUGCAUGAUCUUGCAAUGUCAAUGGCAGGAUCAUUGAUCACCACAAUAGAUUCUCAGGUGAAAACCAUUGGUGAUCAGAAAACUCGGCACGUAUCAGUUGUCGACAAUAUAGAAUUUUCCUUUGUAAUUCCAACUUCCUCGUCUAAAGCCAGUAGGAUUCGAACACUUCUUUCGGUUGGUGAAUUCAGUUAUUUGCGAGAGUCAAGUACUUCAUGUGAAGCAAUCUUUUCAAAUUUGAAGUUCUUGCGAGUGCUGGAUUUAAAUGGAAGACAUCUUGAUGUAGUACCGAGUUCCAUAUGUAAGUUGAAGCAUUUAAGAGAUCUUGAUCUUUCUUGGAAUGAUAAAAUCGAGAAGCUGCCCGAUUCCAUAACUAGGUUGCAAAAUUUGUAUACACUAAGACUCUCUAAUUGCGAAAAACUGAAAGAAUUGCCUAGAGGAAUUACGAAAUUAGUCAACCUCAGGCAUCUUUACAAUGAUGGAUGUAGGAGUUUGACUUAUAUGCCGCGUGGAUUGGGGGAAUUGAAAAAUCUCCAAACAUUAUCUGAGUUUGUUGUCCAUUCAGAUUCAGCCUCAAAGUAUAGUUGUCAGUUAAGCGAGCUAAAUAAACUAAAUAGCUUAAGAGGAAAAUUAGAGAUUAGGGGUUUGAGAAGUCGGGAGGAAGACGUGGCAUUAGACUAUAAGGGUGCAAAUCUAAAGGAGAAAAAACAUCUUCAGGUUUUGGCUUUAAGUUGGAGCGGAGAAAAUGUUAAUACAGAUGAUGAAAUGGCAUUGGAAGGCUUUGAACCUCACCCAAAUCUUAAAAAGCUGAGAAUAUGUUUUUAUGGGGGUGUGAGGGUUCCGAUGUGGCUUUUGUCACUCACAAAUCUUGUUGAUUUGGAAUUAUGCUUUUGUAGGAAAUUGAAAUAUUUGCCACCAUUGAGUGGACUACCCUUUCUUAAGAGUAUUGAACUGAGAGGACUUGAAGAAAUAGAGUACGUAUCAGAUUGUAGUGACAACAAUGAGUUAUCUUUAUCUUCUUUUUCUUCAUCAGAAUUCUUUCCAUCUCUUGAGAUUAUUUGGCUCUCUUCGUGUUGGAAUCUGAAGGGUUGGUGGAGGAGGAGGAGUGAUUCUUAUAAUGUGGAUGUCAAUACUACUGAUCAUCAAAAUGCUUUACUAUUCCCUCGUCUUUCAGAAUUAAAAAUAUGGUGUUGCCCUAUGUUGACUUCAUUGCCAAUGUUUCCACAUCUGAAAGAAGAGUUACUCCUAUGGAAUGCCAGGUGGAAGGCAGUGCAACAAACAAUAAGUACGAAUGCCUCCUCCUCCGCUUCCUCUACACCCAUUGCCUUUUCAUCUCCUCCUCUCUCCAAAUUGAAGAAUAUAUACUUGAGAGAAAUUGAGGAUCUAGAAACACUGCCAUUGCCUUAUCUCACUGCACUUCACGACCUGAAGCUUAUUAAUUGUCCCGUGCUUGAUCUAGGCAACGAUGAGCACGGUAUGCAAUGGAAAGAGCUUAAAAGCCUCAUCUCUUUGAAGUUUAAAAAUAUUCCGAAACUGGUGUCUCUCCCAUUGGGGCUUCAACAUGUUACCACUCUACGAGAGCUCCAAAUCUCAUAUUGUUCAAGCUUGAUGACUAUACCAGAGUGGAUCUGCAAUUGGGCAUCACUUACGCAUUUGUUGAUAAGGCUCUGCCCUAAAUUAAAGUCUCUCUCCCAAGGUGUACAAUAUCUCACUGCACUUCAAAACCUGACGCUUAGUGAGUGUCCUAUGCUUGAUCUAGGCAACGAUGAGCACGGUAUGCAAUGGAAAGGGCUUAAUAGCCUCAUCUGGUUGAAGUUUGUCAGUAUUCCGAAAUUGGUGUCUCUCCCAUUGGGGCUUCAACAUGUUACCACUCUACGAGAGCUCCAAAUCUCAAAUUGUUCAAGCUUGAUGACUAUACCAGAGUGGAUCUGCAAUUGGGCAUCACUUGAGCAGUUCACAAUUUCUACAUGCCCUGGUUUAACGUCACUGCCUGAAGCAAUGAGUAGGCUAACCUCUUUGAAAAUGUUGACAAUUCAUGAUUGCCCCAUCUUAUUCCAAAGAUGCGAACAAGACACAGGUGAGGAUUGGCCCAAGAUUGCUCACAUCCCAGAGCGGCACUUAUACUGAUCCUCAACUAGAAUACGUUCAUCCUUGAGUAAAAUACGUUCAUCCAGAAACGACUUUGAGGAAAGAAGAAACAGGGGAGAGGGAUUGAGAGUUUGUUAACAAAUCUAAUGCACUGCGACUUCUACAAGUAAAUAAGUUAGUUAUGAUUACCUCGAUUUCUUUAUUGUUUUAUUCUUCCCUAUUCAAAUAAGAAAUAUCACCAUAUGCAUGAUUCUUCACAUCCAGGGGAAUAGUAAGGAGGAAGAAGAGAAAACAGAAGAAAUAUAGGAGGCCGCAAUGUUGAGGCAAUGUAAUUUCACGACAACAAUUUCAACAAGGCCUGCAUGUUUCUUAGCAUGGAAAGUGAUGGUAAUUUGAUUUUUGCUGAACUUGGGAUGAUACUGAACCUGAGGCAGAAGUUAUUGGUAGAAAGGUUGAUAAGAAGAAGAUGAUAGAUAUACUUCUUUUUUAUUUCAAUGUUAAAGAGAAUGUAGGAAUCCUUCCGAUUACUGGCAUCGGAGGAUUAGGAAAUGUCAAACUAGCUCAAUUCAUUUUCAAUGAGCAGACGAUCCAAAAAUAUUUUUAGUUAAAAAUGUGGUUUUGUGUA